UCGCUUCUUGGUGUUGGAAAUAAAACCUCAAACCAAAGGCUAUCCACACCUUCUUUGUCUUCCCUUCAAACCCAAACGCAAAAACUUAUUAUCUUCUUCGUUGUGAGCAGCGUAAAUUGGAAGGCAUGUCGAGAAAAGGAGGAGCUUCCUUGCAAAAGGACGCUCCAUGGAGGGCCUCUGCUGGAAAAUCCAUCCCUAAAAUCCACCACUCCCCUGUUUUGCGUCUUGCUCAAACCCCUCAUUCCAAUUAUGCUCUUGCCGUCAUGAAGCUCCCGGAUCCUAUAGGAAGUGGGUUAGCGACAGAGGCCAUUGUGGAAGCGGCGGGACCCGAAUGCAUUGUUCCCGGCCAGAUUACACCUGUUAGAUUACUUGGUGUGAAGGUGUGGCCAAUAGAAGUUAACCUGAAAGUUUUGGAGCCAGUUGGUAAAGAACUAAAGUUGCUUGGGAAGUUCAUGGAUGAUGCUGUCAACCUCAUGAAUAAGUCAUUCAUUGAUCGCUAAUGGUUAAUGCUUUUAUGUUACUGAAAGAGGAGGUAGCAGCACACGGGCUUGCAGGCUAUUCUGAAGCAUUCUUGCAAUGAAGAGUUGCAGCAUGUAGACAAGCAGAGUGACUGUAAAUAAGAAGCUUUUACUGUACAAUUUCUUUUUUAUCAUUUUCCCCCUUAAGAGGUGAAAUAGUAUAGGUCAGGAGAGGUAUGUUGGAUUUUAUAAAGAGGCUUUGUUCCUUCUAUUUUUUGGGUCGUAUGAUGCUUUUAUGGAAUUUUCAUCUCAGAAUCAGCUACUGGUGACAGUAAUGUCUUAUGAGUUUUCCUUCAUCAAUUUGAUAAAUAUGGUGUGAUUGGAGCUUUUA